AUGAUAUCAAAAACGCAGGAGAUUGUCGACAUGGAGAAACGCGAACCGUGUGAAUGCCCGAAAGAUUCGGAGAACUUUUCAUCCGGUGACGAAUCGGGCAACGACGGCAACAAAAUCUCAGUUCCCGAUGGAGGUUUUGGGUGGUUUGUGGUGAUUGCCUAUUUCUUUUACAAUUUUACUACAUGGGGCGCUAACGCCGGCUAUGCUAUCUACUUGGCGCAUUAUCUCGAGUACAACACUUUCCCCGGUGGUGGAAAGUUGGACUAUGCAGCAAUUGGCGGAUUAGCGUUUGGAUGUGGUUUAAUCUUUUCACCCGUGUUAACCCUCCUGACGCACAAGACUUCUGUACAAUUCGUCAUCGGGUUGGGUAUCGUCCUUCAGGGAGCUGCGCUCCUCUUGGCAGCAUUUUCAAAAAAACUAUGGCAAAUAUAUUUGACGCAGGGUCUUCUUAUCUCGUUCGGUCUGGCGGCCAUUUGCAUCCCCAGCGUCACGCUUCUUCCUCAGUGGUUCCGUAAGAAACGGUCGCUUGCCAUGGGUCUAGGUGCAUCAGGUAGUGGCCUCGGUGGUAUUGUCUUCAAUUUAGGCAUGCAGAAAAUGAUCGAAGUUCAUAGCGUGAAAUGGGCCCUAAUUGCACAAUGCAUCAUAUGUACUGCUCUCAGUACACUGGCAUUAUUUUUAACCAGAACGAGGACCAACGAAAUCCAAAGCAACUCCAAGCAAGGGUCUCACAUGUUUGAUUCAGAAGUUCUUCGUAGUGCAGGCUUUUGGCUGCUGGUAUUGUACGUUUGUUUUACUAUGGUUGGUUAUGUCGUGCUCUUAUACUCGUUAUCGGCAUUUACAGUCUCUUUGGGUUAUUCAGAAAAUCAAGGUUCAAUUGUGUCAUGUAUGAUAAGUGUUGGUGCUUUAUUUGGAAGACCAGUGGUCGGCCUGAUCGCUGAUCAUUUUGGACCAGUAACAGUAACAAUGUUCGUUCAUCUGAUUGUGGCAAUCUUCUGUUGGGCCAUGUGGAUUCCAUGUCGCAACUUUGCAACAGCGUUGCUAUUCGCAUUAAUUGUGGGUUCUUUAAUGGGGAGUAUCUGGCCUCUUGUUGCACCAAUGAUGACAAGAGUUGUGGGACUGCCGAAGCUGAGCGUUACAUUCGGAAUGGUUUGGGUUGCUCUGGGCAUCUUCGCUAUUGUUUCGCCAAUAUUUGGGCUCGAACUACGUACAACCAGCAGUACAGAGAGUAAUAACUACGUCAAGACAGCCAUAUUAUCUGGAUUCGGCUAUUUUGGCUCAGCUUUAUCUAUGUGGAUACUGCGGGGAUUCCUGGCCGCUAGAGAUGAUGUUGCGCUCGAGGCCAAGACCGGCUUUGAUGAUGGGGAACUGCAUUUACACGUGGGAUUCACUGAAUGGAUGAGAGGUCUAUUCAAGUUCCGCGGAUUGAGUAGAAAAAUAUGA